AUGAAGAUUUUGUCCUGGAACGUUAGAGGUUUGGGAAGGGUUGACAGAAGGCGAAGAGUAAAGGAAUUUCUGAGGCUGAAAAAUGCGGAUAUGGUUCUGCUGCAAGAAACAAAAAGAUCAAACAUUGAUGGUAGUGUUGUAAGAUCUCUGUGGCCUAGUGAUUCGGUGGAAUAUAUGGAAGUGGAUACGGAGGGAAGUGCAGGAGGAAUUCUGUGCAUCUGGAAUCCCAUGACUUUCUCACUUCAGGAGUGUUGCUGCUCAAGAAAUUUCAUCCUUUUGGCAGGUAUCAUGCAUUCUUGUAUUAACUGUGUAAUUGGUAACAUAUAUGCUCCUAAUGAAGAUUUGAAUAGGAGGAGGUUAUGGGGCAUCCUAUCCAAUUUGAAAACUGUCUUCCCUGAUCCUUGGUGUUUAGGGGGAGAUUUCAAUGAAGUUAAAAAUAUUUGUGAAAGAAAAGGGUGUAUUAGGAGGGAUAGAGGCAUGGAGGAAUUUGGUACCUUCAUUAGCAAUCUUGAAUUGGUGGAUAUCCCAAUGUUGGGCAGGCAAUAUACUUGGGGCAAUUCUCAAAGUUGGAGUAGGCUUGAUAGGUUUUGGGUUAACCGUGAGUGGUUGGAAUGGUACAGAUACAAGUUAUAUAAUUAUGGAGAAGCUGAGGGUUUUAAAAGUAGCUCUGAAAAGUGGAACACGGAAGUGUUUGGUGAUGUAGAGGCAAAGUUGAAAGAAGCUGAAAAUGAGUUACAUUCUAUGGAUUUACAAUCUGAAUUGAGGGUGCUGACUGAGGUAGAAGAGGGUCAAAGAAAGGAGAUAAGGGGUUUGAUUUGGAAACUUAGCAAGAGAAAGGAAUGGAUGUGGGUGCAAAAAUCGAGGAUGGACUGGGCGUUGAAAGGAGAUAGAAAUACUCGAUUCUUUCAUAUUAUGGCCACUAAGAAACACAACAGAAACCUGAUUGCCUCUGUUGUGGUUAAUGGGGUUGAAGUGGAUGAACCUUCAGAGGUCAAACAAGCAGCUUGCUCUCACUUCCAAAAUCUGUUUUCUGAACAUUGGAGGAGUAGGCCAAGUAUUGGAGGUGUUUUUAAGAAGAUUGAUGCUAACCAAAUAGGCAAUAUUCUGGAGAAAGAAUUUACAGAGGAAGAAGUAUGGUCUGCAAUAAAAGAGUGUGACGGAAACAAAGCCCCAGGCCCAGAUGGGUUUAAUAUGUUAUUUUUUCAGAAAGGGUGGAAAUUCUUGAAAGGUGACAUUAUGAAGUUUAUGGAGGAGUUUUUCAGUAAUUAUGUCAAUAGGCCUGCUAUAGCUCUGAAAGUUGUAUUGAGUAAAGCCCAAUUUGAGGGGAAUUGUCUGGGGCCUAAUAAGGCAAAGAUCAGUUCUGUUAAGGAGGCUAACCCAAUAGAAGAAGGUGAGGCUUCUGAUAACAUCGAAGAUGAAUCCAGCCCAAGUGAUGAAGAAGAAGAAAUACAUCAACCUGGUGCUUCUGUUUGGGAUAGGAAAGCAGAGGCCCAGCUUAAUGAAAGCAGGGGACCCAUCAGUCUAAUAAAUUCCCCAUAUAAAGUGUUGUCCAAAGUCUUGGCUAAUCGAAUGAAACAAGUCCUGCCCGCUGUGAUUGAUAAGGCUCAAUUUGCUUUUGUAGGGGGAAGAAAUAUUGUAGAUGGGGUGCUUAUAGCCAAUGAGGUGGUGGAUUGGUGGAAAACAUCAAAGAAGAAGGGUAUUAUUCUCAAACUGGACUUUCAAAAAGCAUAUGACACUGUUAGCUGGCUAUGUUUGCUACAGAUGUUAGAUAAAUUUGGUUUUGGUUCACGUUGGAUUCGAUGGAUAAAGGAAUGUGUAGAAUCUGCUAGAAUUUCCAUCUUAGUAAAUGGCUCUCCUACAACUGAAUUUCGUCCGCAAAAAGGGUUAAGACAGGGAGAUCCCCUUUCCCCUUUCUUGUUCAAUGUUGUUGCUGAAGGACUGAAUCUCUUGUUGAAAAGAGCUAAGGAAUUGAGAAUUAUAAAAGGGGUGGAAGUGGGUUCUAGUGAGGUUAAUGUGUCUCAUCUUCAGUUCGCGGAUGACACUAUCAUAUUUUGCGAGGCUGAGUGGGCUGAAAUUGUGGCUAUCAAACGAAUUUUAAGAUGCUUUGAAAUGGUCUCAGGUUUGAAGAUAAAUUUUCAUAAAAGUAUGAUCUGUGGGGUGGGAGUUGAUCAUGGGCUAGUUGAGGAGUUUGCAGAAUUACUCAAUUGCCAGAGUCAUAAAUUACCUUUAAAGUAUCUAGGGUUGCCUCUCGGAGCCAACCCAUGUCGUAAGCAAACAUGGCAGCCAGUAGUGGAUAGGUAUAAAAAGAAAUUAUCAGGGUGGAAGCGAAGGAUGCUAUCCUAUGCUGGCAGGGUCACCCUCAUCAAAUCUGUUCUAUCUUCCCUACCUGUUUAUUAUAUGUCUCUGUUCAAGAUACCUGUGUGUGUGGCUAAGGAACUAGAUAGGAUUCAAGCAAGGUUUUUAUGGGGAGGGGACGAGCUUAAAAGGAAAAUUCAUUUGGUAAAAUGGAAAGAGGUGCAGUUGUAUAAGAAGCAAGGAGGCCUGGGUAUCAGAGACAUCAGAUUAACAAAUGACUGUUUGCUUCUUAAGUGGUGGUGGCGAUAUGCCUUGGAAGAUGACGCUUUGUGGAAGUCUGUAAUUGCUGCCAAGUAUGGUGUAUCGGGGGGCCAAUGGUUUCCUUCAGUGCAUGCCUCGGCUUCUGUUUCGUCUACAUGGAGACAGGUCCUUGAUGUGUCAUUGUUAAAUCCUCGGCUGCAUAAUUUUUUUCUGGAUAAUGUGGAGCUUCGGUUAGGUGAUGGGAAUAGGAUUAAAUUCUGGCAGGACAAUUGGCUGGGAACAUCAAGCCUUAAACUACAGUUUCCAAGAUUGUACCAGCUGAGUUUAAACAAGGAGAUAACAUUGAAGAUGCAAAGUGAUUGCAGAGACAGUAGCAACAAUUGGUAUCUUAAUUUUAGAAGGCCUCUAUUUGGAUGGGAGGAGGAAGAGGUGAUCAGGCUGCAAUCUCUGCUGGGAGGAGGUCCAUGCUUCAUGGCUAGUCAAAGGGAUUCAAUUAGGUGGAAGGCUGAACAGUCAGGUAUAUUCACAGUUGGGUCCGUGUAUAGCUGGUGUAAACAAAGUGUUCAACCUACCCUAAGUUACCCAGAUUUGGUAUGGAACAACUUUGCACCUCCUAAGGCGAAAUUCAUUACUUGGCUCGCUUGGAAAGGUAGGUUGAAAACAUCAGCAUUUCUCAGCAGAAUUGGAGUAUUGAGAGGUAAUAGGCCUUCAUCUUGUGUGCUGUGUAAAUCUGAGGAGGAAACCUCUAAUCACAUUUUCCUAUUCUGCUCAUUCGUAUGGCAUGUCUGGUCAACUAUCAUGGCCUGGUGGGGAAUUCAAUGGGUGUUACCAGGGUCUUUUGAAGGCUUAAUGCAAUGGUGGUUGGGAUGGAAGAUCAGGAAAAAGGAAAAGAAAGUGUGGAGGGCUGUUUUUAUUUCUACUAUUUGGUCCCUAUGGUCGUAUAGAAAUGACUGUUUAUUCAAUAACACGCAGCCUGAUGCAGAUGUGUUGUGUGAGCUUAUUAAAAUUCGAGUGGCCAUGUGGCUGAAAUCUGUUAAUGUGGGGUGUUGCCUCUCCAUUCAUGAGAUUGUGUCAAACAUAAAAGAGUGUGGAAUGGAACUUCAAGCCCAGAUGGUGACUCUCUUUCUGAGCAGGAGGGUUCCCUCUUCUGGUGUUUUACCAAUAGUGUAG